AUGGACCAAGCACAAGAUGUCCAUCUCGAAGAAGUCUUUUGGCGCUCGCCGCAACAUGUUCAAAUGAUGGGAGGGUUCCUCCACUCAAACAACAUUCUAUUCUACUUUGCUGAAUCACCGUUCUUCGAUGCAACCUCCAACAACGCCUCACUCACCAUCCAGGCAACCUACAAUGAAGCCUUUCGUCAUUUCCUUGAAACGCGCGAGGCGUUUGAAGGCAGACUCAAGACGAUGCAGGGUUUAGAAUUCAUGGUCGCAUACGAUCCAUUACAAGCUGCAGCUCAGUCGGAUACACAGUUUGCUCAUGAGCCGUCAAAUAUAUGGAUCAUUCGUAAACAAAUGCGACAAAAGCGGCCGGGAAUGGAGGACGAUGUUGUGGUGCUUUCGACGUAUUAUAUUGUUGGUGAUUCGGUUUAUAUGGCGCCUGCCGUUUCCAGUGUUAUUGGGAAUCGAAUACUUUCUGCUGUUACAUCGCUAACCAAACUCAUGAAUGUCGCCUCCCGUCUUCCGAUCUUCACACCAUCAUACGGACACACAUACAUGCCACCAGGUCCCAAGGCAGCAGAUGCUCCACAAGCGGCCACAUCUCAACAAGCACAACAAAACAAAGAGCCAACGCCCAUGCCCGAGUCCCAGGCUACCGUUAAGGCGUCGCUAUCCGCCGCGAACGUUAAAGACACCUCGUACCCUGAUACGAGAAACCUGAUGGAAGCACUCAACCUUCUGUCGAGAUAUGGAGAUGAGUACAUGGACGAAACACCUUUAGCAGGCGAGCCGGGCUCUUUUAUUUUGUCAAAGGCUACAGAGACCGCAGGUAGUUCGCGGCGGGCUGGUGAUGGUCCCAAGGCUAUGCACGCGCCUGCUGUUCCGAGAAAACUCGGAACCCCCACAGUUACUGAUAUGUCGACUCCUUCGAGAGGAGGAGAAUAG